AUGUCACUUUCAGGCGUUCGCCCGCUUACCGCCGUGCUCAAUGCCGCUGGCAGGUACAAGUACAAGGAACCAGAGGCCGUCGUAGACCAUCUCGUUAUCGGAGGCGGCGUCGUCGGCCUCGCCAUCGCACGGCACCUCGCUCUGCGCUUUCCGAGCAAGAGCACGAUACUGCUCGAGCGCCAUACGCGUGCCGGCGAGGAGACCAGCUCGCGUAACUCGGAAGUCAUACAUGCGGGCAUGUACUACCCGCCUACAUCACUCAAGACCGCCCUCUGUCUCCGCGGUCGCCAGCUCUUGUACGCGUAUCUCCAGGCGAACGGCGUCCCGCACAGGCGUUGUGAGAAGAUGAUAGUAGCGACGUCCCCCGACCAACUCUCAUACCUCCAGAACCUACACGCCAAAUCAGCUAACCUCGCCAGACCGAAGUACUGGCAAAGCUCCCUCCAGGACACCCAAGGCGGCCACAUCCUCCCAACAACCCUCCUCUCCGCCCCCCGCACCCGAGCGCUCGAACCAUCCCUAGGCCCCGGCGUCGUCGGCUCGCUUCUCAGCACACAAACGGGCAUCCUCGACGUCCACGCAUACAUGUCAUCCCUCGAACGCGACCUCUCCUCCGCGGACGGUACACCGGCGUACGCCACGCGCGCCGUGCGGGUCGACCCAUACCCCUCUUCCUCAUCCUCCUCAUCUGAAGCGGGAUGGGUCGUGCAAACGAUCACCGGCUCCCCCUCCCCCUCCCCCUCUUCCUCCUCCUCCUCUUCAUCAGCAUCGCCUGAGGGGGAGACAAACACGGACUCGAUGCUUGCAAGAACGCUCAUAAACGCCGCCGGCCACGCCGCGCCCGCCAUCUACAACUCCGUCGUCCCCGCUCAACAGAGAGUGGGCGUGUGGUUCGGGAAGGGGAGCUAUGCGUCGUACCGCGGGCCCGGCGCGGAGGUUUCGCGGUUACUUUAUCCUGUGCCCGAGAGCGGAAGUGGAGGGGCGGCUGGUGGGGGUAAGGAAGGCACUGUGAAGACGAAGGAGAAGGAGGAGAAGGAGGGGGAGAGGGAGAGGGAGAAGAGCAAGGAGGGCUUUGCGAGUCUGGGUACACAUCUGACGCUCGAUCUGGCGGGCAACGUCCGCUUCGGGCCCGAUCUCGAGUGGCUCGAUCCUGGUCGCACAGAGGGGGGCGAGGAGGACGUGGACUUCUGGAUGCAAAAGGGUAAUCUAGUUGCCGCGGAUGAGAGGGUGCGGGGGAUGAGCGAGGCUGUGAGACGGUAUUUGCCGGGUGUUGAGCCGGAGGGAUUCGCGCCGGACUAUGUCGGCGUGCGCCCUAAGCUCGUCGGGCCCGGCGGCGGGUUCCAGGACUUUGUUUUGAGGACUUCGUUGAGUGGUGGAGAUAGGGGCGCGCCGAUGGUGUCGCUGCUGGGGAUCGAGAGCCCGGGGCUGACGGCGAGCCUUGCGAUUGCGGAGAGGGUCGUUGAGGGGGUUUUGGUUGGGCAGGGGCUCGUUCAGGACGAUGUUAGGGGGACGUACAGUGGGGACGCGUUUGUCGGCAGGACUUAG